AUGACUACGUGGAUUAAUUAUCGAGUUACUGGCCACAUUACUUUUAAAGGUGAACAACCUAAAUUUCAUGGUGAUGAAAUUCUUCAUAUUUCUGUUCGUGAUUCACUUCGAUACGAUAUUCCAUGCAUUGAAUUAGGUUCAAAAACUAUACUUUUAUAUAGAGGACAACAACUGCCUAUUUACUAUCAAUGUUACUAUGAGCCAAAUAAAGCACACAUGAAAUUUAAAGAACUUAAAACCAUUCCUGGCGGAAUUACUCUUUCAGCUCAAAUCGAACGAAAUGAUCAAUUAUUGUACGUUAAUAAUACAGAUAUUCCUUUGGCUGAAUAUAAAGAUAUUCCUUUAGUCAAAUUCGAAUGA